AUGCGAGAGCAGCAAGGAGCCAAGGUUGACUCCGAUGACCUUCCUCUGAACGUCUCAAGAGAAUCUCUCCAGCAACACCUCUUCGGCCAGGUCAUUCGCAAGAAGCUGGUGCGCAAGACCCUAGACAUGAUCACAGAGGAGCACAACGAGAAGGUCUGGAAGACCAACAUCAAGCUGGGUGUCAUCGAGGACCACCCCAACCGGACCCGUCUGGCCAAGCUGCUGCGUUUCCAGACCUCCAACAGCGACACGGUGCUGGCCAGCCUGGAACAGUACGUAGAGAGGAUGAAGGAGAAGCAGGAUAAGAUCUACUUCCUGGCUGGGACUGGCAGAAAAGAGGCCGAGUCGUCUCCCUUCGUGGAGAAGCUGUUGAACAGGGGUUAUGAGGGUCUGACAGAGCCUGUGGAUGAGUAUUGUAUCCAGGCCCUACCGGAGUUUGACGGCAAGCGCUUCCAGAACGUGGCCAAGGAGGGUGUCAAGUUUGAUGAGAGCGACAAGACCAAGGAGAAGAGGGAGGCCCUGGAGAAGGAGUAUGAACCUCUCACAACCUGGAUGAAGGACAGCGCCCUGAAGGACAAGAUCGAGAAGGCUGUGCUGUCCCAGAGGCUGAGCAACUCUCCUUGUGCCCUGGUAGGUAGCCAGUACGGCUGGUCCGGUAACAUGGAGAGGAUCAUGAAGGCACAGGCCUACCAGACAGGAAAAGACAUAUCCACAAAUUAUUAUGCAAGCCAGAAGAAAACACUGGAGAUCAACCCCAAACACCCUCUGAUUAAAGAAAUGUUGAAGAGAAUAAAUGAUAAUGCAGAGGACCAGACGGCCUCAGACCUGGCUGUAGUGCUGGUUGAGACGGCCACACUACCGUCAUGCUACCAGCUGGCUGACACCAAGGCUUAUGGAGACAGGAUAGAAUGCAUGCUCCGACUCAGCAUGAACGUGGACCUCAAUGAAGAGGGAGCCACAGGAAGGGAUGAACUGUGA